AUGGCUUUGUCCCUCUCGCGCUCUGAGCUCAAGCACGAGGACGGCGUCGUUGUCGAUCAGCUGGAAGAUUCCUCUAAAGUAUAUGGCUCUCACACCAGCAGCACCGUACCUCAACACUACAAGCCACAGACAGAAGAGCAGCGAGCCCUAGACAGGAAGAUCAACCUGAAACUCGACAUCUUCGUGGUUGCCAUCCUCUCAGCAGGCUUCAUCCUCUGCGGAAUCGACAAGACGAACAUUGGCUUCAUUGCAACAAGCACAUUCAUAACCGACGCUCACCUAUCCCCCAACACUGUGGCCACCACCCUUACCCUCUUCAGCGCAACCUACGUUCCCCUCCAGCCGCUCUCUACCCUUGCAGCCCGCCGCAUCGGUCCUAAAUGGUGGAUCGCGUUCCUUCUCAUCAUCUGGGGCGCGCUGUGCAUGGCCCACGCCGCCGUAAAGAACAACGCCACGCUGGUCGCCCUGCGCCUCCUCCUCGGCGCCGCGGAGAGCGGGUUCACGCCGUCGAGCUACUACCUCAUGUCGAUGGUGUAUCCCAAGUACGCGCUGGGGAUGCGUAUGGGUGUUUUCUCGGGUAUGUUUGCGAUCGCAGGGGCCUGCGCGGGACUAAUUUCCUAUGGGCUUUUGCACAUCAACAAUGAGCAUAUCAAGGGAUGGCAGGUCGUCUUCCUGUUUGAAGGAGGGCUGACUGUUCUUGUUGGAGUGUUGACUCUCCUCCUGGUGCCGAGCAAUGUGCACACAGCCUGGUUCCUGAGCCCGACAGAGAGGGCGCAUGCUGUUGGACGAAUGGUGACAGAUCUGGCGGCGUCGCAGCGGCUUGAAGACGAAGCCGAAGUCGUAGCCGAGAGCGACACCAUCUCGUUGAAAGACAUCACUGACGUGCUGAAGGACUGGAAGAAGCUGUUGAUCAUGCUGUUCAACAUGACGGGUGUGCUUCCCGUCAGCGCCUUCACCACCUUCCUGCCGCUCAUCGUCGAGGGGAUGGGGUACAACGGCAUCCGCGCCACGGUGAUGAGCGUGCCGCCAUUCGUCGUCGGGGCUGUAGGGCUUGUCCUUAUUGUCUACUCGAGUGACCGGUUCAAGGAACGGUCGCUUCACAUUGUUGGAGGGAUGCUGCUAGCGUUGGUGGGAUGCAUCGUCAUGGCCACCUCGAGUGAUCCGAAACUCCGUUAUGGGUUUUCCCACGUGUGUCUCGCGGGGGUGUUCGUCUCUGGGCCACUUGCAGCAGUUUGGCUGGCUGGUAAUACGCCGCUCAAGGGUCCGCGGUCCUUUGCACUGGGCCUCAACGGAUGGACGAACAUCGGGGGAGUCAUCGCAGGCCAAAUAUUCAACGUCAAGUACGCGCCAACGUACAAAGUACCACUUGUUAUCACGAUGGUUUUGAUUGCCUUUGGUGCUGUUGGCAUGGUUUUCGUCCGAGUUAUGUACCAGCUCACGAAUAGGUGGAGGACCCGCAAGACUGCACGCUGGGGCGAGAGCGAACAUGCUGCAGAAGCAGACUCUCCUGUUCGCAGAGGUGACCAGAAGUAUACUUACAUCUAUGGGUACUGA